UCACGCUGUAGUAUUUAUAGCCCUCACCAACUCUCGCUACACACACACACACAACGCGAAGGAAGAGUUCAGUCGUUUUUCUAAUCCUCAUCGUUAAAUCCUCACACGUUUAGUGCGCCAUGGCCAGAACCAAGCAGACCGCCCGUAAGUCCACCGGAGGAAAGGCGCCAAGGAAGCAGCUCGCCACCAAGGCUGCGAGAAAGAGCGCGCCGUCCACCGGGGGCGUCAAGAAGCCUCACCGUUACAGGCCGGGUACCGUGGCUCUCAGGGAGAUCCGUCGCUACCAGAAGUCCACUGAGCUGCUGAUCCGCAAGCUGCCCUUCCAGCGGCUGGUCAGGGAGAUCGCCCAGGACUUCAAGACCGACCUGCGUUUCCAGAGCGCCGCCAUCGGCGCCCUUCAGGAGGCCAGCGAAGCCUACCUGGUUGGUCUGUUUGAGGACACCAACCUGUGCGCCAUCCACGCCAAGCGGGUCACCAUCAUGCCCAAGGACAUCCAGCUGGCCCGCAGGAUAAGAGGCGAGCGUGCCUAGAGGAGAUCCCCCCGGGCCGACCAGCGACCCUAUUUAU